UGUCAAAAUAUUGUCUAUGAUUAUACAGCAUAUUUUCAUUUUGCUGGAAGUGUAUUGUUCUGUAUUUAUAAAAUUUAAACUAAAUAAACUAUCAGAAUGGUCCUGGAAAGUACUAUGAUUUGUGUGGACAAUAGCGACUAUAUGAGAAAUGGAGAUUUCUUGCCAACGAGGCUACAAGCUCAGCAGGAUGCCGUAAAUUUGGUAUGUCAUUCCAAAACUCGAUCAAACCCUGAGAAUAAUGUUGGUUUAUUGACGUUGGCUAAUGUAGAAGUCCUAGCUACAUUGACCAGUGAUGUUGGUCGCAUUUUGUCUAAGCUUCACCGCGUUCAACCUAAUGGUGAUAUCAAUCUGUUGACCGGUAUAAGAAUUGCACAUUUGGCUUUGAAGCACCGUCAAGGGAAAAACCACAAAAUGCGUAUUGUAGUGUUCGUGGGUUCCCCAAUAAACACUGAUGAAAAAGAACUGGUCAAACUCGCUAAAAGAUUGAAAAAAGAGAAAGUAAACUGCGAUGUUAUAUCUUUUGGCGAAGAUGCCGAAAAUAAUCCUCUGCUGACAUCUUUUGUUAACACUUUGAAUGGCAAGGACAAUACCUCGGGGGGUAGUCACCUUGUCUCUGUCCCUGCAGGAGGUUGUGUUGUACUCUCUGAAGCUUUGAUAUCGAGCCCAUUGAUCGGAGGGGAUGGAGCAGGUCCCUCAGGCUCAGGUCUUUCUCCAUUUGAAUUUGGAGUUGAUCCCAAUGAAGAUCCAGAGCUUGCACUUGCUCUGCGAGUUUCUAUGGAGGAACAAAGGCAGCGUCAAGAAGAAGAGACACGUCGACAGCAAGCAACCACUGAAGGAGAACCUGGCAAGACUGGUGAUGGUGAAAAUAGUGUUAUGGAGAGAGCUAUUGCCAUGUCAAUGUCUAUGGGCCGUGAAGCCAUGGACCUGUCUGAGGAAGAGCAGAUUGCUCUUGCAAUGCAAAUGAGUAUGCAGCAAGAGGCACCUGCUGCAGAAGAAAGCAUGGAUGUGUCUGAGGAAUAUGCAGAAGUGAUGAAUGAUCCAGCAUUUUUGCAAAGUGUGCUUGAGAAUCUGCCUGGAGUUGACCCCCAGAGUGAAGCUAUUAGAAAUGCCAUGUCCACCAUCAAGAAAGACAAAGAUGACAAAGACGAUAAAGAACAGAAGGAUAAAGAUGGGAAGGGUUCAGGAUCUAAGUAAAAUUGCUAUUCUUUUCCAAUUUUUUUAAUAGAUACAUUAUGCUUGUAAACUUCAAAAUAGACACUACUCUGUAAUGUUAUUGUCAAAGUUAAAUUCAAUAAAUUACGGAUAAAUGUUGUAA